AGAAGCUAGAAAGCCAAUUAUUGCUCAGAAUUAAGCUUAGCUUCCAUGGAGAAAACAAUUCACAUAGCUGUCAUUCCCAGUGCAGGGCUCACCCAUCUCAUCCCCAUCAUUGAGUUCUCAAAGAAAAUGCUUCAGCUUUGCCCAGAUUUUCAUGUUACCUGCAUCAUUCCCACACUUGGGUCUCCUUCCUCUGCCACCAUAGCCUACCUUCAAUCUCUUCCUUCAAAUUUACACUACAAUUUUCUCCCUCCGGUUCAUGAAGAGGACAUUAUGCCUCAUCAAAAUGAUCAACCAGUUCAUAUUGCAGUCCAAAUUCAACGUGUAGUGACUCUCUCACUGCCAUAUAUUCGUCAGGAAUUGGAGUCCUUGAGUUCAAGAAAUGGCCUUGCAGCUUUAGUUACUGAUACUUUUGCAAUGGAAGCAUUAGAUAUUGGUUCAGAACUCAACAUAUUAUCGUAUGUGUACUGCCCCUAUUCUGCCAUGGCUUUAUCUCUUUUCAUGUAUGCACCAGAUCUGGUGGAGAAGACAAUCUCUAUGGAGUUCAGAGACUUGCAAGAUCCCAUAAAGAUGCCAGGUUGUGCGCCAAUACAAGGAAGAGAUCUCAUAGACUCUGUUCAAGAUCGAAGCAACUUAGUUUACAAGCAAUUUCUUGAACGUUGCAGAAGACUCAAUCAUGCUGAUGGAAUUCUUGUUAAUAGUUUCCCAGAAUUGGAAACUGAGACAAUUAAAGCCUUACAGGAAGGUUUCAAAGACAAGCCCCAGAUUUAUUCUGUAGGACCUAUUUUACAAAGUGGGUCAUCAAGUAGUGAGCCACAUGGAUUGGAAUGUUUAAAAUGGUUGAACAAUCAACCACCCAGAUCUGUUCUCUAUGUUUCAUUUGGGAGUGGAGGAACACUGUCUCAAGAUCAACUCAAUGAACUGGCUUUAGGGUUGGAACUAAGUGGUGAAAAGUUCUUAUGGGUUGUGAGAGCCCCAAGUAAUUUUGCUAGUGCUGCUUAUCUUGCUUUAGAAAAUAAGAAUCCAUUAAAUUUCUUACCAGAAGGGUUCAUGAAGAGAAUCAAAGAGAAAGGUUUAGUUAUUCCUUCAUGGGCACCUCAAAUUCAAAUACUUAGCCACAAUUCCACUGGUGGAUUUUUGAGCCAUUGUGGUUGGAAUUCUAUCCUUGAAAGUUUGCAGAAAGGAGUGCCAUUGAUAGCAUUUCCUUUGUUUGGAGAGCAAAAAAUGAAUGCUGUUUUGCUAACGGAUGGUUUGAAGGUGGCAUUAAGACCAAAGGUUAACGAAAAGGGCAUAGUGGAAAGGGAUGAAAUAGCAAAAUUGAUAAAGAGUUUGAUGGAAGGGGAAGGAGGUAAAGAGAUUCAUGAAAGAAUGAAGCAUUUACAAGAUUAUACUGCUAAUGCCAUGAGAGAAGAUGGUUCUUCUGCAAAAACACUCUAUCAAGUAGGACUCAAAUGGAAAAAUUUGGGUGGGAUUGGGGAAUGAUAAAAUUCUCUUUUGCUACCUAUUCUUCUUUAUUUAACAUUCAAUUUGGUUAUUGUUAGAGCCACGAAUGGCCAGUUUUCUUCUUAACCUAAAAUAUCUAUGAACUUAUUUUUGUACUAGAUAUUAUUUUCACCGUUUUUAUAUUCUUUAUCUUAAUUUAUUUUAUUUAAUAAUCUUGUCUCAUUGUAUUAUUUGGUGUAUGACUGACCAGCAUUGAACAUGA